GCGAGUCGAGAUAAAUUCCGGGUGUCGCAUCCAGUUCGCGGGGUCUUCAAUCAAACAGAGUCGUGGGGAAUCCACUGCAACUGAAAAGCUGCAGGCUGCUAACCGUCUCGGUCUCUUUUCUAUCUCUAAACACCAGCUUUGCAGGAGAUCCUGGCGCUACCAUGUCCACUGGGUCCGUUAGCGAUGCAGAAGACCUUCAGGAAAUGGAAGUGCUGGGAGCAGAGGGCGAAUGCGACGGGCUAAAGAGGAAAUCGAACAAGGAUUUCUGCACCUCCAACGACAGCAACGAAGACAGCUCCAACUAUGAGCACGAGUCCCCAAAGAAAGGCAGGGGGGCUUCGGGAAAGGGCCGCAAGACGGCCUCCAAGAAAUCCUCUCUGAAUGGGGUGACCCAGGAAGGGAAACAGAUCCAGCGUAAUGCUGCAAAUGCCAGGGAGAGGGCCAGGAUGAGGGUGCUCAGUAAAGCCUUCUCCAGACUCAAAACCACCUUACCCUGGGUGCCACCAGACACUAAACUCUCCAAACUCGACACCCUCCGGCUGGCAUCCAGCUACAUCGCCCACCUGAGACAGAUACUAGCCAACGACAAGUAUGAGAAUGGCUACAUUCACCCAGUAAACCUGACGUGGCCCUUCAUGGUGGCCGGGAAACCAGAGAACGAGCUAAAAGAGGUCGUGAACACGGCUCGUUUGUGUGGGACUACGGCGUCGUGACAAAAAGAAAAAUCCCGCUCAAACGAAGCCGGAGGAUUAACCGAGAAGCCGAUAAAUGGACAAACGAUGAGCUAAAAGCCGCCGGGGCCCUAUAAUCAUCUCAGCCUGGGCUAUAUCACAGGAGAAUGUUCUUACACUCCUAUCAUGUCGAUAUUGUUCCAGUACUUUGCUGGUCAAAGUGCUAAAAGGGGUUAUACACCUUCAUUUGUAAUAGUGACAGACUUUAAUGUUGUGCAAGAUAAUGUAGGUAUGGUGAAUUGCAGCAAUGGCUUUGAUAGUCAAUUGCUGUGUAAGGAAGCAUCAUAUAAAAGAUAUAUAUUUUCUUUAACCACAGGUCUUUUCAAACCAUGUAAAUAAAAGUUUGCUUUAUAUUUAAAAGUCUGUAGCCGUGUGGGUACAUCUUACAUUCUUUCUCACCUUAGGCCAGUCAUAUUUGUAUAUCUACCCGCAUGUUUGUGCUGAUUGAUUGUCGAGUACAGGCUGUUUGUAACAGAUCCCAACCUCCCCAAUAGGCGCAACCAAGUGACACCAGUAAUGAUUUGUUUACUUCCCCCACUAAAAGGAUAAGCAGGAGAUAUCUCUUGUUAUUGAGUCAGGACUCAAAGAAAACAAACAUCUGCACCAGCUUUGCAUCCUUGGAGCUCGGGCACGGCCGCUGACCCUGCGGGAAAAAAUGAAGUUUUGAUCUUAAAAACCAGCAAUAAAAACCUUCUAAACAUGAUGUCGCCUUGUUAACAAAGAGGCGGGGCAGCUGUAGGCUUUAAGUUCAAGGUGAUACUAACGGUGGCGCGGUUAGGUUUUACAAAGUCUGUUCUGCCAAGUUGCAGGGAGGUCCUACAGGUUUCUAGACGAGGUGACAUUUUAAGGGAUUUCAGAUUCUAACAGAAACAGGUACCAACCAGAAACAGAAUCGCUUCAUUAGAUUUCCCCCGUCCUGUUACUAACUAAGCCACAUGUGUCUCCUAAGGCCAUUGGCAGCUGGGUUGUAGCUGACCCCAAGCAGGUUGGCAGAGGUCAGCGCCUUUGGCUGGCUGGGCGGAGUACCGAGUCCAGAUUACUAAUGUUGUGCAUUGUAGUGCAGACAUUAGGGCGUUGGACAAUCCUCAAACCCCACAAACCCCUCCACCCACCCCCACAUCUCAUUCGCACGCGAUGGUUAUAUGGACGGAGGUAUGAGCGAUGACAUGUAUCCAUUGUGCGUGGAAUUUCACAGCAGUGAGUCACCGACUAGAUUAGCUUUCAUUGUAUCGUUCAUUCGUUAAAAUUGAAAGAACUAAAAUAUGAUUUUAAGCGGAAACACCAGGCCAUUUUGGUCGUGGCGUUGUAUCGCGCUCCAGGUGUGGCUGCCUGGAGAGGUUAUCACUGAAAUUGCCUGCCAACAUUCAUUGAAGAUGCCGCAAGGCUUUGCGGUGUCUAUAGCGCUUUCGCUAUAGCCGUCACCCAACAGUUGAUGGUGAGGUCAAGCGCUACUUAAGCGGAUAUCACCAUUUAAAUUCACCAUUUCACCAUCGGAACUGGAGCUAUGAAGAUAAGAUUUGAAACACAUCUGGAGGCUUUCUGAGACACUUUCUCACGGGCUUAGCGGACACCCCAAUUCUGGAAAUUAUUUGAGUACUUCCGAAUAAUGAGUUCCGUGCUCCUCAACUUUUAUAGGAGCCGGCAGGAGAGAGAGAAAGAAGAACGAACCGAACAGCGCCGACUGCUGCAGCAGAGGAUGUUGAGGUGAACUGAGGUCCAUUUGGAUCUCUUCCAUAAGGCUUCCAGUUUUACAGCCAAUAAUCUCUUCUUUGGGGGCAGUCAAAAACCUGUCGCUGUGUGCCAGCAAGAAGCAUUGUACAACUUCAGUGGAAGUAGGUGUAAAAUUCCCGCAUAUACAGCUCCAUGAAAAAUGUGUCUGUUUGGCAUAUUAACGCUGCAACUACAACAUGGUCGAACCUUAUUAAUCAUCAUUUAGUCUGAAAUUGUGAUUUAAUAUCUGGCAUUUCAAACAGGCAUUUCUUAUUAAUAUGGCACCCAUUUAAUAACUGUUGAUUUAAAGUACUUGGGUUUUGAUUUUAUACUUUUUUAUUUUGAAAGCAAAAUGGUAAAGCAAUCUCUUCACUUUUGGUUUCAGAAAGGCAGUAACAAGCAGGUAUUUAACCUUUAAACUGUUGAUUAUACCAAGCCUGUCCUUGGUAUUUUUUUCAAUUUGAAGAAGGGUCUAGGCCUGAAAUGUCAGCUUUCCUGCUCCUCCGAUGCUGCUUGGCCUGCUGUGUUCAUCAAGCUCUACACCUUGUUAUCUAUAAUUCAUAUAUUGGGGGAGAUUUUUCAAUUUUAUUAGCCACUUUUUGGUUUGUUCUAAAAUAUUCAUUAAUUUCAGUUUUAAAAUCUGAUUUAUUUAUACGAUAGUGUUACUUUAUUUCAAGCUUAACAUCUCGAUACAUUUCUUCCCCAGUGCCUAGAGCAGCCUAUACUCCAUUAUUAAAUGGGGCUGCACACCUCUUAAAUUUGUUUCUGGUUGGUUUCAACCCAUUAACUAAGAUUGGUUUUCCACUCAGCUGCAAGACUAAACAUGACUGUUAACUCUAUUAUCUCAAUGGCAUUUGUAGAUCAAAAUUAAACAAUUUUGUUGGUUUCUUGUUUUAAGUACAAAGUUGCAAAUAGAAUAACCAGUCAGCAGUCUAGCAGAGGCGUACACCAAAAUAAUCUGCCACACCACUGACAUUCCCAUAGCAUGUUUUUAUUUGAACUAUUCCUGAAGUUAAUAUAGAUCUUUCGUUCUCACAAUUUGGUCUUCUCCCAAGUCUCAUCCAUGUUUGUAAGAACUGAAGAAUGUUUGAAACAGCCUUGACCUGUCAUAUUGCACAUACCACAUUCCUGUCAUUUCAAUUAUCCCAACCAUACAAUCUGUUUCUAGAGCACAUAAAACAACACUGUUCACUGUAUCUCAGUACAUGAGACAAAAAUAAAUCAAAUCAAAUCAAAUGAAACUACCUCUCAAUCUGGAAAGGAAUGUGUUGGUGCUUGGUGUGGGCGUGUGACUUUUUAAAAACAAAGGUAGCAAAUGAGCUGAUUUUAAUCAUUUAGGAGGUUGUACUACACCUGUUUCUCACAGGGAUGUUUCGAUUAAAACUGAAGGAUUAAGAAGUACUGUAUGCUUCUAUGUCCAUAAAGCCAGUUACACUGUUCCGAGUCAACAACUUAUCCGAUUCUUUUUAAACAUGUGCAACAGUAACAGUUUUGUUUUCUGUGAGCCUGUUUUGUACAUCUAUUUCAGUGCUCCUUUCAAGCUUGUUAAUGUUGUGCUCGUUCAGUUCCACAAAUCACCUAAUCACAACUCCAUUAUUUAUUGCUUUUAACAUUUUAACGACUUAUUUCAUGCGCCCUUUUCAUCUUCUUCCUUACAUAGAAAAAUCAAAUGCACUCUGUAACACAAAAUAUAGUUAUAUUGAUACUUCUGUUUUGCUGCAAAUCACCUGCUACUUUGCAGCAAUGCCAGAGAGACUUUAAGAUCCAAGGACCUACAGUGUGCAACCCAUACGUCCUCAUACACAUUGUGAAUUCAAUAUCUGUGCAGCUUAGCUCCAAUGGUGUACCCAGUUGCAUUUUAAAAAUGCGUGGCGAUACAUUCAAUCUCCAGGACACUUUGUAAACUUUGACAGAAUCUUCUGUAAUAAUUAGUUUGUUAAAAAAAAGACAUUUCCACAAAUGCUCCAAUGAUAUUAUAAACAUAUUUAAGUGGAAAGAUUAUGGUUGGCAGCCAAGCAAAUUCAUUAAGACGUGGUAUCACAAAUCAAAGUGUGAACCUACUGAUCUCAGAUACGCCAGAGUCUCUCGUAUUUUUUGAGUUUUCAGUACUAGAAUCAUUCUUAUCAAUUAUAACCAUUUAUGUUUGCAAAACGGUUGCCUCAUUUUUCUACAUACAACAGUCAUUGCAUGCCAAUAUGAUUAAUUGGAUAUGAAGUACUUUGAGAUGUUUGUCAAUAGCUUAAUAAAGAGUAUUAUGUGAAUGCAAGUCUUUUUUAAUCUCUAUAAUUGUCACAUUUUGUCUUUGUUGAAAUGAAGAUUGAUACAAUCAUUCCCAUCAAAAUGUCUUUUAAAAUAUUUAGAUUUCCUCAGAUGAUGAAACUUCUGAUGUGACCUGGAGUAAAUUGGCAUCAUAAGAAAUAAGUAGAAUUGAGAUUCAUUGUACCAUUAUCACUUUUGGAAAAGGCUUACAAGGUCUUUCCUCCAGACCUGUCCAAUGCAACAAAAUUUAACA